UAAAAAAGCCCCGAAAUCAUCUCAAGAUAACCUCAAGAUGUGCUGAAAAUCGCAGAAUGGGAAACGAGUAUGACAUAUCCGCUUUUAUCAUCCCUCCCCCUCCAACUUCAGAUGAGAAAGACAACAGGUCAUCAGAUAUCAUAAGAAGACUAUAUGAAGCCAAAGAAGGCAUCAGUAGGGACAAUGUGAAGGCAGCGAUUCAAAACAAGGGCCUGCGUUCUCCAUCACCAGCACGCAAGGCAGUAAGGAGUCCCUCACCAGACAACACAGAACGGCCUCCCUCGGUGCCUUCCAGACUGCGCAAGCCCCAGCUCAGUCCAACAACUUCUCCAACAAAUAAUUUACCAGGCACACACCGUCCGCGUCCUUCAAGCAAAUUAAAUGCACCUUCCACACCUACCAGUGGUAAAGCUCCUGCUGCCAGUCCAACGUCCCCUAGAGGUGGUACACGUUCUCCUCAGAAGAGUCCUAAAGUUAGCCGUAAGUCAGCUGCCACUGAGGAACAUAAGCCUCUGCUUCCAGCUAAGACUAGUCAGUCACCAGCUCGAAGAGUUCCUGCAUCAACACCAGCAUCAAAUGGUGUCAAAAGUCCCGUAAGAAGUGCCGACAAAAACUCUACAACCUCAAGAUUGCCCAGACCAGAUAACUCCAGUGUGGCCCUUAAGAACAGCCUUAACCAAGAAGUUGCUCCUCUUCAGACGUCCUCACCAAAACUAUCACCUAAAAACAAAAUGGUAAAUGGCAAGACUCCAAAUGGUAUGGAGCUUGAUGAUUCUUUAGACUCUGGUAGCUUUGAUCAAGAUUCAUUAGAAGAAACAGAGGAUAUUGAAGUGAUGCCUCCAGCUUCAAGAGAUGCCUUCCGUCGUUUUUCAGUAGUAGUUAGUCAAUCCUUAAAAUCCUUAACAGAGAUGGCAGCAGCUUGUGCAGAAGCACAGCGUUCUGAAGGCACUGCCACUCAAGAUGAAGCAAAAUUUCAAGAAGCCAGAGAGGCCCUUACAAGUGAAUCAAGACAAUUUGUAACUGCCUCUAAAUUAUUUGUAAAGUCAGCCACAGAAUCAGAAGAUACUUUACUUAACUGUCUGGCCACGUGUAUAACUCUGAUGCAACGCAUGGUUGAUGUUACCCAUCAAGUAGUGCGGCAUACAACCACACCACUACAGACACAGAAUGUGGUGGUGAAGGUGAGGGAUGUGGCUACCACCUACCAGUCCACAGUACGGGCAGCACUCUCUGCUGCUGGCAGGGGAAUGGACCACCCUUCCAUGAACACCCUCAUGACUCAGGCCACCAACCUGGCUGGUGUACUCACUGCUCUCAUGCGUACACUCAGAGUAUUCAGCCCGUGAAUCCUCUAAUGCUGUGAAAUUUUCCAUAUAUCAUAGAAUUGUGUGCAUUAUCAUAUUUAAGUUAAUAUUUGAAGUAAUUGACAAUAACAAUCCACCAGUGACAGUUCAAUGAAUGCAGACUUACAAAAAAAGUACUUAAUGUAUUUACACGUUUGUAGAUAUAGAAGUAGCAACAAACGAUAUGCAUAAUGUCAUCACUGUAGCCUGACCAGUUUCUGUAAAUAAUGAUAGAAAUCUCAGGUAUUAUGAACAGUUUGGAGAACAUGAGUGUCAGCAGCAGCAACUGAAGAAGCAAGCCUUUGGUACAGGUGAUGAAGUUGGGAAAAGUGGAGGGUGACCUAACCAUCAGUAGAGUUGUAUAUUUCAAUACAAUGAUAUAAACAUAAUUGUGUGUAUAACAUAAUGCCUAACUUACCCACAGUCUUGCAUUUGAAGAUAACUUUCCAAGUGUAUGUUUGUAUCUCAAAUGUACUUACAGUAAUUAUUUUAGUUACUUUUUUAUUCCAAGAUCAUAGUCAUGAUUUGCGAUUGUCCUUAGUCCUGACUAUUUUCAUUGUUAUAUCUUACGUAACUUACACUUUGCAUCUAUUUUCUCUUUACACUACCUUACAUUUUGCCUACAAGUCAUUUUAGCCCCUCCCUCAAAUCCCUCUGUUGAUGUAUAUAAUAUCUGUACAGCAAACUUGUGACAUGUCAGCCCAAGUUAGGAGUUGUAAUUCAGUGUUUUUUUAGUGUAACUGCUGUAUUUUCUGCUAAAUAUAGUGUUACAGAGUAUAU